CCCAGGGCAGCCCUGGCCCGGGGUCCUUGUGACAUGAGGUCCUAUUUAGUCUGGGUCAGGUUCAGUGCUGCUUCAGGAGGGAAACUUCAGGGGGCUUUGUCCCGAGACAAAGAGCAGUGACCGGUGCCGAGCCCGGAUUCUCUGGGGGUGAAGUGAUCACAGGAAUCUGAAAUAUGUCUGGCAUUGCCCUAAGCAGACUCGCACAAGAGAGGAAAGCCUGGAGAAAGGACCAUCCUUUUGGUUUUGUGGCAGUUCCAACAAAAAAUCCAGAUGGUACGAUGAACCUGAUGAACUGGGAAUGUGCUAUUCCAGGCAAGAAAGGGACCCCAUGGGAAGGGGGGCUAUUUAAACUACGGAUGCUUUUUAAGGAUGAUUAUCCCUCCUCGCCCCCAAAAUGUAAAUUUGAGCCACCUUUAUUUCAUCCAAACGUCUAUCCUUCAGGCACAGUGUGUCUGUCUAUCCUAGAAGAAGAUAAAGACUGGAGGCCAGCAAUAACGAUCAAGCAGAUCUUGUUAGGAAUACAAGAACUACUAAAUGAACCAAAUAUACAAGAUCCAGCCCAAGCAGAGGCAUACACAAUCUACUGCCAAAACAGAGUGGAAUACGAAAAAAGAGUCAGAGCACAAGCUAAGAAGUUCGCGCCAUCAUAAGCUUCAAGUGUGGAAUCUUAAAAUAAAAAAUUUAAAAAAAGGAAGGGAUUGGUUUGGCAAGAACUUGUUUACAAAUUUUUUGCAAAAUUGAAUGAUGCUAAAUACAAUUUAAAGUCACUUAGGGGAGGGGGUCGUAUGUGUGCCAUUUCCCAUUUCUGCCACUUGUAUAGAGUUCUAAAUUUGCUGAAUAUCCCCCUCGUUUUUUCAUACAGGGUCUCUUCCUUCAGUCUUUUUGUAUUUUGAUUGUUAUGAUGUAAAACUUGCUUUUAUUUUAAUAUUGAUGUCAGUAUUUCAACUGCUGUAAAAUUAUAAACUUUUAUACUUCUCUAAAUUCACUAGUAAUCUAUAGUUUCCUUUGCUAUCUGAUGCAGGCAUGCUUUAAACUGUUUAGAACUGUAUCUAGCCUCUAGCUGGCUGUAUUUAAAAUGUCAUAAAUUCCACCCCCUCCCCUCCCCUAAAUUUUUUAUUUUAUUUUUAUUUUUCUCUGUCUUUAACUAGGUUGUGUUACAACCUAGAGCCUCCGAGAUUUAAACUCCGUCACAUCUUGCUUCUGCAUCACUUCCUUAUGUUUAUAUGGCGUUUUUUGUCUGUGUUGCUGUUUAGAUGAAAUAAACUGUUUAUAUAAUUUUUUU